AUGUCCCUUGACCAGGACAACAUGAUGACACUGAAGCUAUCCAAGCCAGUCUUCGAGCAUCAUUACGAUGGCAUCGGAAUCUCUCAAUCAAAACCUCAAAUCUCAUGGCAAUUCCUCACGUCUGAACCUUUAGAUGUACCGCUCAACUGGACACAAAAGGCAUAUGAUAUUGAAGUUACACCUCAUCCUACACCAACUCGGCCGACACCACAGACCAUCACCUACCAUGUCGAAAGUGAACAGUCAGUUCUGGUGUCAUGGCCCGCACCAGCACUUAAGUCUCGAGACAUAGCUACCGUAAGGGUUCGUGCAUACAGUGCGUCUGACUCGGAGCCAACAGAGUGGUCACCAGCUGCCACUGUCAAAACUGGCUUACUCUCACCUGAUGACUGGUCUGCAUCAUUCAUAACCCCAGCUUCUCACCAUGGGCCAGAGGCACCGCUCCAGCCUAUUCGCCUUCGAAAAGAGUUCACCAUCCCCGAUCAACUCACUCAAGAGUUAUCUAAGUGUCGAUUGUACAUCACAGCACUGGGAGUCUAUAACAUCUACAUCAACGGCCAUCUCGCGAGUGACGAGUGCAUGGCUCCCGGAUGGACAAGCUUACGACAUCGCUUAGCUUACCGAACCCUUGAUGUUGGGCAAUAUCUUAACCUCGGCCCAUUUGCUCGGAACAUGAUCGCUGCGGAGGUCGUUGAGGGUUGGUUUGCUGGAACUCUCGGCUUUAGAGGAGGCACUCGCUUCAACUAUGGGGGUAAAGAGCUUUCGCUACUGGCCCAGCUUGAGAUUACCCAUGAUCCCAACGAACAACCCUGGAAAGUUGUUACGGACGAUAGUUGGGAGUGCACACCAAGUCCUAUCGUCAGCAGCGAGCUGUAUAAUGGCGAAACCUACGAUCGCCGUCUUCAGUGUGACGGCUGGAACAGAAUUGCCUCGGAUGGACCCAAAGCUAGGCGCGAGUUUGUUUCGUAUCCUACGAAGGUAUUGGGUCGGAAGCCAACUGAGCGCUUGGUGGAAAGUGAGGUUCCUCCUGUUCGGGUAAAACAAACAAUCAGACCAUCGCAUGUGUUCAAGUGCACUAAUAGAAAGACGAUCAUUGACUUUGGUCAGAAUCUGGUAGGGAAACUCCACAUCAAGUCCCUGGAGCUCCCUCCUGGCACGACUCUGACAUUGAAGCAUGCCGAAGUCAUGGAGCAUGGUCAACUUGGGUCUCGGCCUCUCAACCACGUCAAGUGUACGGACACCAUCAUAUCAUCAGGCAAGCCGUUAAAAAACUGGACUCCAAAGUUCACGUUCCACGGAUUCCGCUACGUUCAAGUCGAGGUAUUUGAUGCCAACUCACAACCUCUUGAUACAGUAUCUCUGCUCCAUCUUGGUACUGACGAUACCAAUGUCGAGGCUCUCGUUAUGCACAGCGAUAUGAAAAGGCGAGGCCAUUUCCAAUGCUCCAAUCGUUCAAUCAACAAGCUUCAUGAGAAUGUCGUCUGGUCGAUGAAGGGCAACUUCCUUUCCAUACCAACAGACUGCCCCCAGCGUGACGAACGGCUUGGUUGGACUGGUGAUAUCCAGAUAUUCGCGCCAACUGCGUCAUUUUUAUAUGACACAACUGUAGUUCUCUCAGGAUGGCUUGAUGAACUCGCAGCUGAGCAGUUGCUAGAGCCAGACCGAGAUGGGGUGCCAGGCUUGGCGCUUUGGCACGACGCUACUGUUCUUGUGCCAUGGUCGUUGUAUACAACCAUUAGUGAUAUGAACUUGCUUGAGAAGCAGUUUGAGAGCAUGCGUGCUUGGCUGGAGCGGGGUGUUGAUAGAGAGGGAGGUGAUGGAUUAUGGAACCCAGAUCGAUGGCAGUUUGGUGACUGGCUUGAUCCCACGGCAGCACCAGAUCAGCCAGGAUAUUCGAGAACUGACUCAGUCAUGGUGGCUGAUGCGUAUCUGGUUCAUGUCACGUCAGUGUUCGCCGAAGUCUGUCGGCUAUUGAACAAGCUGGAUCUAGCUGACAAGUAUGAUGCUGAGAUGCUCCGCCUACGAUCUUUGUUCCAGGAUCGAUACAUCACGCCCGCAGGGAACUUGAUGGCGAACACUCAGACAGGUAUCGCGCUCGCGAUAUGCUUCUCACUGUACCGUAACGGUGAGAAGGAGUCACGAGAAGUCACCACUGCAGCAAAAGCUUUGUCCAGAUUAGUGCGAGCCGCUCAGUUCAAGAUCGGAACAGGCUUCGCAGGCACUCCACUCAUCACCCACGCACUUACGCAGACUGGCCAGCCUCAAUUAGCAUAUCGAAUGCUCUGUGAGAAGCCUUGCCCUAGCUGGAUGUACCCCGUCACAAUGGGCGCAACGACAGUCUGGGAACGUUGGAACAGCAUGCUACCCGACGGAAGCAUCAACCCAGGCCGCAUGACAAGCUUCAAUCACUAUGCUUUGGGUGCUGUGGCAGACUGGCUACAUGGCACUGUUGGUGGUAUCGCACCUAUGGCUUCUUCGCCGGGUUGGAAGGUUUUUCGUGUGAAGCCGAUCCCAGGAGGGAAUGUGACUUGGGCUGAAACGAGCUUUGAUGGACCUUAUGGUAGAAUUGAGUGCAAAUGGACAUGGAUGCCAGACACUGGGUUGUUCAGAAUGACUCUGCUUGUGCCGCCUAACUCAUCUGCUGUCGUCACUUUACCUUCCGAGCUAAGUGAUGACCCCGCCCAGACAAACAAUGACGCGCAGAUAAUGGGUAACUCGGUUGGCUCAGGACUGCACACUUUUGAGUGUCAUCAUAUGGCUGGGGAAUGGCCACCGAAGCCUAUCUUGAUGCCCAAUAUGCUAUGGCAGCCAGAGGAUGAGGACUUGGCCUGCUGA